GACGCCAUGAGACUGGUUCUUCCUAACCCGGGAUUGGAGCUGAGGAUCCCCGACCAUGAGGAUCUGGACAGGAUAGAGAAGGAGGAGGCGGGAAACAGACCCAAGUGGGACAACAAAGCUCAGUACAUCCUGACUUGCGUGGGCUUCUGCAUCGGGCUCGGGAACGUGUGGCGAUUCCCCUACUUGUGUCAAAGUCACGGAGGAGGAGCGUUUCUGAUCCCCUACCUGAUCCUGCUGGUGUUAGAAGGAAUGCCUCUCCUGUUGCUGGAGUUCGCCAUUGGCCAGCGUCUCAGGAAAGGCAGCGUGGGAGUGUGGAGGGCCAUCAGUCCUUACCUGACUGGUGUCGGUAUAGCCUCCAUGCUGGUGUCCUUUUUAGUUGCACUCUACUACAACACCUUGAUAGCCUGGAUCAUGUGGUAUCUCUUCAAUUCCUUCCAAAGCCCCCUACCUUGGACUCAGUGUCCUCUCAAUGACAAUAGGACGGGUUAUGUACCUGAGUGUCAGCAGAGCUCCACGGUGGACUAUUUCUUCUACCGGGUGACCCUGAACAGCUCCACCUCCAUAUCUGACUCUGGUGGUCUCCACUGGCCCGUAGUGGUGUGUCUCCUGGCUGCGUGGACUGUUGUCUGCAUUUGCUGCAUCAGAGGGAUCAGCACCUCAGGCAAGGCGGUGUACAUCACAGCCAUCCUGCCAUACGUCGUGUUGGCCAUAUUCCUGAUACGAGGACUGACACUUAAAGGCGCCUUUAGCGGGAUAAAAUUCCUCUUUACACCAGAGGUGGACGAGUUGACCAAGUCGUCCACUUGGCUGGACGCGGGCGCCCAGGUCUUUUACGCGUUUGGUCUGGCGUGGGGGGGCCUCAUCUCCUUCUCCAGCUACAACCCUGUUCACAACAACUGUGUGCAAGAUGCUGUGAUCCUGUCUGUAAUCACUGGCCUGACGUCGGUGUAUGCUGCUACAGUUACGUACUCCAUCAUCGGCUUCAGGGCCACUGAGAAAUACGACAUGUGUGUUGAUGAAAACAUCAUGUCACUAAUAAAUGGAUUCAAUCUUCCUGAGGACAGCAUCACUCCAAGCAAUUACGACUUAGCCUUUAAACAUCUCAACAUGUCAGAUCCAGAUGCAGUUCUUGGAUUGGACAUUAAAACUUGUGACAUGCAAAAAUUCCUCAGCGAGGGAGUGGAGGGAACUGGUCUGGCUUUUAUUGUUUUCACAGAGGCCAUCACCAAGAUGCCCGCUUCUCCUGUGUGGUCUGUGCUCUUCUUCAUCAUGCUCUUCUGUUUGGGCCUCUCCACCCUGUUUGGCAACAUAGAAGGAGUGGUGGUGCCCUUGAAAGACUUGGGUUUUUUUCCUAAAAAAUGGCCUCAUGAAGCCCUGACAGGAGUGACUUGUCUUGUGGCCUUCAUCAUCUCCCUUCUUUUCGCUCAGAACUCCGGGAUGUAUUGGCUUGCACUUUUUGACAAAUUUGCAGGAUCGGUUCCUCUCUUGACGGUUGGAUUCUUUGAAAUGAUCGCUGUGGUUUACAUCUACGGCAUAGACAGGUUCAACGAGGAUGUGGAAUUCAUGACUGGACACAAACCUGGCAUCUUCUGGCAGGUGACGUGGAGGGUCAUCAGUCCCCUCAUUGUCCUCGUCAUUUUAGUCUUCUACUUGGUGACUCAAGCACAAGAAAAGUUGACCUACUUAAUCUGGGAUCCCAAUUCUGAAGAGUUCCCGUCACUGUCAACCAGAGCAUAUCCUUCAUGGAUCAACGUUAUGAUUUUUAUUUUAGCGGGGGUUCCCAGUGUGGCUGUACCAGUUUAUGCAUUAUGUAGGUUUAUCUUUGUCUGCUGCAAGAAAAGAGUUGCCAGAUGGAAUAAAAUGUAG